ACAAACAGAGGUAGAAAAAUGAAGGGGGAGCCGCACGCUGAGUACAGUCUAAAACCCACACCAGCAUAGAAAACGGAUGCGCAUGUCAUAAACACUAAGGAAAACAUUGGAGAAUAGUGUACUGUCAUUCCUCACUGCUUUGUGAGAAAUUUUCAGCAACUGGAAUGGGGUUAAAUUAACACACAGGAUUAAAAAUGCAGGCUUCAGAAGAAGGGAGUGUGUUGUUCCUGCGCUGUCUGCUGUCUCCUGUCCGGCUGCUCUCUGCAGCCAUGUGGCACCUGGUCCAGCAGGAAGCAGUAACACACUACGGCAUGCUGGAGGAGUUUGUCUCUCUCAUCACAGACACCGUCCCUGAUCUGCUGAGCUACAGACAGAAGACUCAGCUCACCAUGGGUCUCAGAGCAAGGCUUAUUCUGGAGUUAUGUAACACGGAGACUCUGGCUGAUACAGUUCAGGCCCAUUUACAGCGGAUCGAGACCCUUGUUGCACUUCACAAGGAACUGGAGUCAGAUGAUGCGCAUGUGGAAGAAUCUGGAGCGAACUUUGUGGCUCUAGUGCAAAUUUUAAUGAAGGACCCGGCUGAAAGAACUUUCUUUUUUAAGAAUGUAUAUCCCUUGCAGUAUGGAGUGAAGUUCAAUACAGCAUUACAGAAGCUGAUGUGGCUGUUCCUGUCUAGACUAGAAAAUGCAAUCCCACAGCCUACCAUAGAGGAGGCUGCUCAUAUGCUCAGUACUGCGCCUACCAUCAUAGAGGAAUGUGUUCAGUCUCUCUCACAACCUCAACGCAUGAGAAAUGCGCUUAAUUUACAAAGAGAACGUGAAAUAAAAAUAAAAGAAGCCACACAGUUAUCCUCCAAUGUUCCUGAUGAUUGCAUACUGUCCUGUCUCAGCAACUCUCGAUUGGUGCAAAUUCCUCUGGGCGAACAACCAACCCUGGGCACCCAGUCUGAGUCAGUGCUUGACUGUGUCCCAUCAUAUUGCCAAGAGGUCCAGGUAGAAUCAAUGGUUAUCACCCAAUACAUUGAAAACAACCUGGACAUGAGCAUAUCUCCGGAAAACACUGCUACACAAUUUGAUGCACAGGAGAGCAAAGAAUGUGAUCCAGUAGACGCAAAAAAAUCCACUGAUGAUGUGUAUAGAGAAAUCGAAUCUUUGGACUCUCUGCACACGAUGGACACCGAUUUAGAUGUAGAAAGAUCUGAAAAGCAAGAGCCUCUAAAAUCCAGUGUUGUGGACACACAAGAGGAGAAAUCACUAGUUCGUCAAAAAGAGCAGAGAACGGCAAAGAAGCAAAAGGAAGAAACAGAGUCGGCUGGCCUACACACGAUUAAACAGCCAUUUGUUAAACUAGACAGGCUUGAUCUUUCUGGUACACAAUUUUAUAGGACUUGUAACCCUAGAGCAAUAAAACUAGGCCGGCCAAAGAAGGAUCCUCAAAAUACAACAUCGUGCAGGAGGAACCAGGAAAAGAAAAAGCUUAUGGUUCCAUGUGCAUCAGUUAACAACCCUACAGGACUUGGCAUCUCCAGCAUUGUCCCAAAGACUAAAAAGACACAUGCAGAAAUGAAAGCGUCAUCUGGAGAAUAUGCCUGCUCUUUUUGCUCCUUCCAGGAUGCUGAGGAGAUCCAGCUGCAGAACCACCUCAUUGUUCAUCAUCCAAAAGAAUACAAUCUGCAUUCUGCACCUGAAGAAGCAAAGAACCCUCGGAAGGUCUUGAGCGCACCUCAUAAAUCAGAAAACCAGAAUAGCCCUACCGGUAAAGUUCGGUUCUACAGAGGAGUGCCAGUCUGUAAAACGUGCCCCACUUGUGGCAAGACGUUCACUCGAAGCUCUGACAUGCGAAGACAUCAGGUGUCUCAUACAGUGGACCGUCCAUUUGUGUGUCAGAAUUGCAAUAAGACUUUUAGGUACACUUUUGACUUGAGGAGACAUCAGCAGCGAGUGUGUGUGCAUCAAGAUUACGUGGUGGUGUACCAGAGGGAUGGCGAAGGCACGGAGGACGGAAGUGUAGAAAUCAAGGGGGACGAUUUAGGAACUGUGUGUCAGGAUCUCAAUUCCAGUGAGAAAGCAGAGUUUGAAAAUCAGCCUAGCUCCAUGAUGUCCAUAGAUAAGCUUGCUGUGAGUAAUGUAGCAGAUUCAAGCUUAAUCCCCGUCAACUCGCACACAAGACGGCAUUUGAGAUCCCCCUCAGCUAACCAUCCUCAUAAGUGCUCUCAGUGCAGCGAAGGCUUCAAGUACUUGUACAAUCUCAAAAAACACGAGGAUAUUUGUGAAUUGAAAAUUCAGUGCACAGAUUCAACACAGUGUCCUUCCAAGAGACUCCUGUCUAACACAUCUGAAGCAUUCACAAGUGUCGCUUCAGAUCGUACACUUCAAGAAGACAUAUGUUUGGAUGAAGAACAACAACAGGAGAAUGCUGCUGAAUCCACAAAAACUGAUACACCUCUCAUCUGCAGUCAAUGUGAGAAGAACUGUAAAGACACUUGCACAAUAGCAAAGCACAAGAAAAUGUGUGCCAGAAGUGAGCGAUUCUUUAAGUGUAUGAAAUGUGAUGCCUUGUUCAAGUCCCUGCUUGAUAUCCAGGAGCAUGUACACAUACACUGGGGUGAGGACCCGCUGCAAUGUUCCCGCUGCGGGAAGUACUGCCUGAAUCAGAGUGAACUAGCGAGGCACAAGUUGGCGCAUGAGAAGGAGAGCAAGCUUCCGUGCACUUUAUGUUCCAAGACUCUUGAGCGGCUUGACUUGCUAAGGGAGCACUACCUCAGCGUCCAUGCUUUCAAAGGACCUUACCAGUGUUCUAAAUGUGAUAAAACGCACUCGGACCUCAAGGUUAUAGUCAAACACAUGAAGACGCAUAGCGAGGUACGACCUUACCAUUGUUCUCAUUGCUCAAAGAGCUUCAAACAACGCAGCGCACUCAACGUCCAUAUGAAAAUCCACUCCGGGGACAAGCCUUUCCUCUGUGAGGAAUGUGGGAAGUGCUUCAGCAGCAACAACAGUCUCCAACGGCACUCUGUGUCCCACAGAACGGAAAGACCAUACACUUGCCCCCAGUGCAAGUAUCGCUGUAAAACGCGUUACGCUCUCCAUAGCCAUUUGCUGAAGCACACAAGCGGAGCGAGCGUUCCCUGCGAGUUCUGCGGGAAGAUGUUCUUCCAAGCGUCUGCGCUGCACAGACACCACCGGACCCACACUGGAGAGAGGCCGUACAACUGCCCUAAAUGCGGCAAGACGUUCCUGACCAAGGGCGAGGUUGCGAAACACAUGCGCUAUCAUACGGGAGAGCGGCCCUUUCGCUGUCCAUUCUGCCCUAAGACCUUCACACAGACAUGUUACCGGAGUGUCCACAUGAGAAUACACACAGGAGAGCGGCCUUACACAUGCAGCAUUUGUAAAAGAGCCUUUGUUAGCAAUACACACUUAAAAAGGCACAUGCUCGUGCAUACGCAGGAAAGGCCAUUCAAGUGUGACUGUGGAAAAGCUUUUAAUCAGGCACAUUCUUUAACGGUGCAUCAGAGAAGUCAAUGUCUCUUACAAAAGAAAUAGCUUUCAUUAAGCAUCACAUUCAUUCUUCCAAGAUCUUUAAAGACAUAUCUUAUAGUCAUAUACUAUGCAUCUCAGAUGGCUGCCUCAUAUACUGUAAUUUAUGUCUCACUCGAAAUUGAAUUUUGAAGUCUGAGGUGUAGUCCAUGAGUUUAUUUUCCACGGUUGGGGCAGGACGUGCAUCUUGCCUCUCCCGCUAAAUUUAUAGCAAAACGGCUCACAUUUGUUUUGCAAAAAUAUGAGCUGGUUUAAAUCUACUAUAAGGAGUACUGUAUAUUGUAAAGCUGCAUACAGUAUAUGGUAUUGAUAUGUAAAACUUGAAAUAAAGUAUUAAUAGCAUAUACUGUGUAUAUAUGUAUAAAAUGCUUGAAUCAUGCAACACAAAAGAUUAAUCCUGUUACAAUUACGGUUGACUCUACACACUUCCUGAACUGUACAAUAAAUAUAUUGAUGAUUUCCAUGUUGUUUGAAAUGAUAAAUAAAACCUAUAUUUGCUCUA